AUGUCGGGGACGCCGUCGCGCCCAGGCAGCCGCAGACCCGCCCGGAGCGGGAGGGGCGGCCGCGCGCCCUCUUGCAGAGGGUGGGCGGAGUUCCCGCGGUGGCCCGCCCCUGGCUGGGGGCCCGAAGCAACACGGCCUCGCCUGUGGGGAACCCAACACCCGCGGCCAGUCCGCCCCUGCCCGGGAAAAUGCCAGAGAGAAACCGGAGCGAUUGCCGCCCCGCCACGUGACGGUCCCGCAUCGGCGACCUGGAAAAGAAUGGGACCAUCUGGUUGCAGGAAAACAAGCUCAGGGCUCCCACUGAUUCUACAUUAUGGGAAGGAAGUAUUGCCACCUAGAAGCUGCAGAGGGCAUUACCUCUUUCCUGCUUCCCAGAUGCCAUAUUGAAGGAAAGCCAUUAAAGACCACCAGGAUUGCAUCAAAAGGAUUCCAGAGCCAACUCAAGAUGCUUCCACUGGACAAAGGCACAACAAAUUCAGCACCAAUAAGAAUAACAAGACAAAUAUUUGAAAUAUAGAAGUGUUUCAGAAAAUGAAUGAUGAAGGAAUAAUUGAGUUGGAAUAGCACCAUUUCAUAGCCCAUAAUGAAUUAAUGGAUCUAAGCAGUGAUUGUCAGUGGCUGUUGACUAAAAGAGAUAACUAGGAACUGUGUGCCUGCUGAUGGAAGAAUACACCACCAUCUAUGAGGUAGUCUUGCCCCACCCCCCAAUUUAACCAGAAUCUGAUCAAGCCUCUAUAUCCAACUAUAUAUAAAUUUACAGGAAAUAUAUGGGACAGAGAAAAUCAUUAAACCAAUAACAUAGGGAUGAUCAGCAAAAUUCAGACUACGGGAAACCAUAGGACAAACAAUCCAGGUUUUUUCAACAAAUUGCAAAAAAAAAAAAAAAAAAAAAAAAAAAAAAAAAAAAAAAAAGGAAGAGCUAGAAGAUAGAAAAGGAGCCUUAAAACUUGAAAAACACAGUUUUUUAAAUAGGUAAAUACCUCAGUAGCAAUGAGCACGUCUAGCACUCAGAUUAUGGUUCCUAACUACCAUCCUCCAAUACAAAGAACCAGGCUCCUUAGAGAAAUGUCUGAUUAUAGGACUAGGGCAGAGAAAACACAAGAUUAGCCUGGAUCAUUUUGUAAUGCCAAAAAGUAAG